UCAUCGUCUAAAAUCGCGAUUUGCGAAAGCCCACGAGAGCAAAAUAACAAGAACACAAACUUUUUUAGGGGUUUAAGAAAAGGCGAAUGCCCAAACUGAACCUGUUAGCACAACAAGGAACAAAUUAACAGCAGCAGUCAGUGAAUCUCUGUGUUUGCGAUGGUUUCCCUAUCCACCUGGUUCCGAUACAUAGCCCACAAGCUCGAAUACUCUGCCACUAUCAGCUGGAAGAACUAUAAAAGAGGUCAAAUCACAGACAGAGAACUUGGUGAUGCUGUUUGGAAAAAUUUGUUUCAGGGAAAGUUGACAUACAUGCAUUGGAAUAAAGGAGCAGAGAUGGCCCCUAGUAUAGGGGAGCAAGGGGGAACUCUCCUUGUCAGGAAGUUACCAGCUGCAGACCCAAGGCGUGUUUUUGUUGGGGAUGUAGUGGUCUUGAAGGACCCUGAUAACCCAGAUAAUUAUUUGGUGAGAAGAUUGGCUGCCAUAGAAGGGUAUGAAAUGUUGUCUACGGAUGAGAAAGAUGAUCCUUUUGUCCUUGAAAAAGAUGAAUGCUGGGUUUUGGCUGAUAAUGAAACUUUGAAGGCAAAGGAAGCCAAUGAUAGUCGAAAGUUUGGUCCUGUUUCCAUGACGGACAUAGUUGGUAGAGUCAUAUAUUGCCUACGAACAGCUGUUGAUCAUGGCCCUGUUCAGAAUAGUCAUUUUAGCAUGAGAAAGGAUUCGCCUGUCCUGGAAGUUGAAUUGGAUGUCGAUGAGAUGGCAAAAAACCACAAAUCCUAAAAUGUGUCAUAAACCACUGACGUAUUUGGUUUGUACCUAUUUCCCCCCAAUUUCGUAUUGGAUCAUUUUUCUUCUUUCUUUUCUUCCCCUUGUUUCAAGUACGGGAAAAAAAUAAAGAUGGAAUUUCAAGCUGUUCUUCAGUCAUGGGAUGAUUCAUGGUUGUAAGUUUAUGGUUGUUCAGGUGCGCAGACAGCGCAGUGCGCUUAGUUCAGUAUUGUGUCUUUUUUUCUUGUUGAAGAAUAUGAAGCGGCCUGUACGGAAUUUUGAGUUUAGAAAUGGUAUUUUUAUUCUCUUGCAGCA